UCCCGGCGGGCCCGUCCCGCGGUGCUUCCCGGGCCGUCCCGGGCCAUGGCGGAGCCGCCGCAGGGCGCGGGGCCGGCGCUGUCGCUGCGGGCUCGGCUCAGCUUCGCGUGCGGGCACUUCCUGAACGACGCCUGCUCGGCGCUGUGGUUCACGUACCUGCUGCCCUUCCUGCACGCCGUGCUGGGCUACGGGCACGGCGGGGCCGGGGCGCUGCUCCUGGCCGGCCAGGCGGCCGACGGGCUCUGCACGCCCCUGCUCGGCUUCGAGGCCGACCGGGCCCGGGGCUGCGGCCGCUGCGGGAGGAGGAAGGGCUGGCACCUGGCCGGCACCACCUGCGUCCUUGUGUCCUUUCCCUUCGUGUUCAGCCCCUGCCUGGCCUGCAGGGAGGGCACUCCACAGUGGGCAGCCUUCAUCUACUACCUCCCCUUCAUUGUCAUCUUCCAGUUUGGCUGGGCAGCCACACAGGUGUCCCACCUGGCUCUCAUCCCCGAGCUGGUGAGCAGUGACCAUGAGAAGGUGGAGCUCACGGCUUUCAGGUAUGCCUUCACCGUCAUGGCCAACAUCACUGUGUACGGCCUGACCUGGCUCCUGCUCAACUUCCAGACAGACCAGCCCGACCACAUGGAGCACCUGGGCCCCCAGGAUGUCCCUGUGUUUCGGAACCUGGCCCUCAUUGUGGUGGGGCUUGGGGCUGUGUCCUCCCUCAUCUUCCACCUGGGCACCAAGGAGAAGCCGUACCCACUGGGUGUGCUGCCUGACCUGGAGGAGACCACCCCCCUGCUGCACAAGGAGCCCCCGAGCCCCCCACGCCCGCUGCUGCUCUGGAAGGACUGGCUGCUGGAGCCCUCCUUCUACCAGGUGGCAGUGCUCUACAUGUCCACCCGCCUCAUUGUCAACCUGUCCCAGACCUACAUCGCCAUGUACUUGACCAACUCACUGAUGCUCUCCAAGAAAUACAUCGCCACCAUCCCCCUGGUCAUGUAUGUCAGUGGGUUCCUCUCCUCCUUCCUCAUGAAGCCUGUGAACAAGUGGAUCGGUCGGAAUCUGACCUACUUCGUGGGCAUCCUGGUGGUCCUGGCCUUCGCCUCCUGGGUGGCCCUGGCCACGCCGACGGGAGCUGAGGUCUACGGAGCGGCCGUGCUGCUGGGGGCUGGCUCUGCCACCAUCCUGGUCACCUCCCUGUCCAUGACAGCAGAUCUCAUCGGCACCAACACGGUAGGGCCGCUCCUGCGGGGGAUGGACCGGGGAUGGCAGCAGACUGAGCUGUGCUGCUCCGCCUGCACUGGUUUCUACCGCUGGGUGAUGGUGCUGGUGACCGGCGGCAUCGCCGUGGCUGCCGUGGCCACGCUUUGCUGCAUCAUGGUGUGGCCCAUCCGCGUCCGCUACCGUGCUGUCGGGCUGCAGGGGCUGAGCGGAGCUGGGACCCCCGACACCGGGACUGAGAACACAGAGGGAGGGGGCCAGAGCGGCACUGUCAACUGAGCCAUGGGGCCAUGUCCUCGGCCACCGUGUCCUCAGGGCCAUGUCCCCGGCCAGCACGUCCUUAGGGCCAUGUCCUCGGCCACCGCGGUGCCACACUCCGAGUCUGGAAGGUCCCCCACGCUGGGGGACACCAGGCUCUGGGGAGGGGAGUGACUGAGCCCCGCCCUGUCUCCUUGCACUGGACUCAUGUCCCCACAGCCUGUCCCCCCGGGGCCGAUGAAGGAUGUCCCUGGUGAGGGUGUCACUGGUGCAGGACAUCACCUGCCACCUACACACCGAACACUGGAAGGGCCUGGGCUGGGCCGGGGCAGCCCCAGCUCACGGGGUGGGGGCUGGCCUGAGGUUUUAACCUGCUUUUGUAAGGUCAGUACGUACAAACCGCACUUUAUAAAGGAGGAGGAAAAGGA